UCCGCCAGUCGCACGGAACGAGCGCGAGGCUCUUGUGAUGCACUGUGGCGGAGACCGACCGGAGAGGGACGGAGAAAAGAACAGCCUGGUAGCCCUGGUUUGACGGCUGGUAGUUAGCCAGAAGUCUCGCUUUAAUCGGUGCGGUGGUUUUUCUACUCUGUCUUACACCGAACCUGGAUUUUAACGUUAAAGGAGUUUAUUGUCGGAAUAUUAGCCAAUGCAUUGGAUAUUAACCCAUAACUAAGUGAUGGAGCUUAGGAGAUCCAGCGGAUCCCCUGUGAACAAAAUGUCUCAGCAGGCAACAUGAAGAAGGAUGUCCCGGUCUCCCUGACAACCAGAAGAGCCAGUCCAGUCGGAACCACACGCCAUGAUUCCUCAUAGCAACGUCUUUGGACUGUAAAGGAUAAUAAAGGCCAACUUUGACCCAUUUUUCCCCCUUUCCCUUCUUCCUCCCUCUUUUUAUCGAGGAGGAAAGGCAGCUGCUUCUACCUGUUGUUCAGACUCAGCGAUUGGAUAGUUACUCAAGAAGAUCCUGGCCCAUGACUGUUACUUAGCCUACUUCUAUGACUGUUAUCAUAAAUGCCAGCCUACUCCCUGUGAAAAAAUCGACCGCUGAUUUUGUAAUACAUCUCUCAAAAGUGUCAAACAUACCUGAUUAUACUUUUGGAAAGAACUGCAGUCUAGAAGCUGUCACGAACUCUACGACAUUUGAACUGGAUCCAAUUCGAUGCGAUCGAAGCCAUCCGGAAUAUAAUCUCCUUCCUCCUUCUCCCAUUCCUUCACUUUAUUGACCAUGGAUGUGCUGGGCUGGUCCGCGAGGCUGCAGCUGUUGCUCUCCACCCUCCUGGGUGCGUGUUUGGGCCUGGAGUUUACCGGUGCCUCCGGCCAGUGGGCCCGAUACCUCCGCUGGGACGCCAGCGUACGCAGUGACCUCAGCUUUCAGUUCAAGACAGACGUGUCCACGGCACUGCUUCUGUACUUCGACGAUGGCGGUUACUGCGACUUCCUGCAGCUGAUGGUGGUGGAGGGCAAGCUGCAGCUACGCUUCAGCAUCGACUGCGCAGAAACCGCCGUAGUGUCGGACAAGUUGAUUAAUGACAGCAGCUGGCAUUUUGCCACGCUGAGUCGCAAUGGCCUUCGGACGGUGCUAGGGCUGGACGGCCAGACCAAGGGGGACGAGGUGCGGCCCACCGGCGGUAGCCGGCAGCACAUGAAGAUUGUUAGCGACCUCUUCCUGGGCGGUGUACCGCGGGACAUCCGCGUGUCGGCUCUCACUCUGCCCACGGUCCGCGACGCCCUGCCAUUCAGAGGGACGAUUUCCGAUCUGAAGUACGGGAACACGGAACCUGUUCUCCUAAGCAGCCUGAGGGUUCGUCUGGAGUCGGAUGGACGCUGUACGGAGAACCUGUGCGAGAAUGGCGGGAGCUGCACAGUGGUGGAUGGGGAACCCAUGUGUGACUGCUCCAAAACCGAAUACAAAGGCCGUUUCUGCAACGAAGAGGUCAACCACAACAUUCCAGGAUUUUCACACAUGAUGAUGGCGGAGCAAGCUAAAAGCAAAGCACGGGAGGAGAACGUGGCCACGUUCCGUGGCUCCGAGUACUUCUGCUACGACCUGUCUCAGAACCCCAUCCAGAGCAGCAGUGACGAGAUCACGCUCUCCUUCAAGACGUGGCAGCGCAACGGCCUGCUCCUCCACACUGGGAAGUCAGCUGACUACGUCAACCUGGCCCUGAAGGACGGAGCGGUGAGCCUGGUCAUCAACCUGGGCUCCGGGGCCUUCGAGGCGAUCGUGGAGCCCGUCAACGGGAAGUUCAACGACAACACCUGGCACGACGUUAAGGUCACGCGCAACCUCAGACAGCAAUCAGGCAUUGGACACGCUAUGGUGACAAUAUCGGUUGAUGGUAUCCUGACAACCACUGGGUACACCCAGGAAGACUACACCAUGCUGGGGUCAGAUGACUUCUUCUAUGUGGGUGGAAGCCCCAGCACUGCUGACCUGCCUGGAUCCCCAGUGAGCAACAACUUCAUGGGCUGCCUCAAAGAGGUGGUGUACAAGAACAAUGACAUCCGCCUGGAACUCUCACGUCUGGCGCGCAUUGUGGACCCUAAGAUGAAGAUCCAGGGAGACGUGGUGUUCAAGUGUGAGAAUGUGGCCACUCUGGACCCUAUUUCAUUUGAGACCCCUGAGGCUUUCAUCAGCCUGCCCAAGUGGAACACCAAGAGAAUGGGCUCUAUCUCCUUUGACUUCAGGACCUCUGAACCCAAUGGUCUCAUCCUGUUCACCCAUGGUAAACCACAGGAACGAAAGGAAGACCAGCGCAGCCAGAAGAACACUAAGGUGGACUUCUUUGCGGUUGAGCUUUUGGAUGGCAGCCUAUACCUGCUAUUGGACAUGGGCUCCGGGACCAUCAAGGUCAAAGCUACGCAGAACAAGGUGAACGACGGGGCCUGGUACCAUGUGGACAUACAGAGGGACGGACGUUCAGGCACCAUCUCGGUCAACAGCCGGCGCACCCCGUUCACGGCCAGUGGUGAGAGUGAAAUCCUGGACCUGGAGGGGGACAUGUACUUGGGUGGGCUCCCUUCGGACCGCUCCAACCUCAUCCUGCCCACCGAGCUGUGGACCGCCAUGCUCAACUAUGGCUACGUGGGCUGCGUGCGCGACCUCUUCAUCGAUGGACGCAGCAAAGACAUCCGGCAGAUCGCCGAGGCCCAGAACGGGGCUGGCAUCAAGCCAUCCUGCAACAAGGCUGUGGGGAAACAAUGCGAGAGCUACCCUUGCAAGAACAGAGGUGUCUGCAAAGAGGGUUGGAACCGGUUUAUCUGCGAUUGCACUGGCACUGGGUACUGGUCACGCACCUGUGAGAGAGAGGCGUCCAUCUUGAGUUACGACGGCAGCAUGUACAUGAAGGUGGUGAUGCCCCAGGUGAUGCACACGGAGGCGGAGGAUGCGUCGCUGCGUUUCAUGUCCCAGCGGGCCUACGGCCUCUUGAUGGCCACCACCUCGCGGGACUCGGCCGACACGCUGCGCCUGGAGCUGGACGGGGGCCGGGUCAAGCUAACGGUCAACCUAGACUGUAUCAGGAUAAACUGUACUUCCAGCAAGGGACCAGAGACCCUGUAUGCUGGGCAAAAGCUCAAUGAUAAUGAGUGGCAUACGGUUCGUGUGGUCCGCCGGGGCAAAACCUACAAGCUUAUGGUGGAUGAUGACGUAGCAGAAGGUCAGAUGGCGGGUGACCACACUCGUCUGGAGUUCCACAACAUUGAGACCGGCGUCAUGACUGAGAGACGCUUCGUCUCGGUCAUACCGUCAAGCUUCAUCGGACACCUGCAGAGCCUCAGGUUCAAUGGUAUGCUAUACAUCGAUCUCUGUAAGAACGGAGACAUUGACUUCUGCGAGCUUAACGCGCGAUUCGGCAUGCGUUCCAUCAUCGCAGACCCAGUGACCUUCAAGUCCAAGAGCAGCUACUUGAGCCUGGCCACGCUGCAGGCUUACACCUCCAUGCACCUCUUUUUCCAGUUCAAGACCACCUCUCCGGAUGGCUUCAUAAUGUUCAACAGCGGAGAUGGGAACGACUUCAUUGCUGUGGAGCUGGUCAAAGGGUACAUCCACUAUGUGUUCGACCUUGGCAACGGGCCUAAUGUCAUCAAAGGCAACAGCGACCGGGCCCUCCAUGACAACCAGUGGCACAACGUGGUUAUAACCCGAGACAACAGCAACAUCCACACGCUGAAGGUGGAUGCCAAGGCGACCAGCCAAGUGGUCAAUGGAGCCAAGAACCUGGACCUGAAAGGUGACCUGUUUAUCGCCGGGCUGGGUCCUGGUAUGUACGGUAGCCUACCCAAACUGGUGGCGUCCCGGGACGGCUUCCAGGGCUGCCUGGCCUCCGUGGACCUCAACGGCCGCCUCCCAGACCUCCUCCAAGACGCGCUAUUCCGCAGCGGGCAGAUCGAGCGUGGAUGCGAAGUUGGUUUCACCAAAGCUGACCUACAAGGUCCUAGCACCACCUGCCAGGAGGACUCGUGCGCCAACAUGGGCAUCUGUAUUCAGCAGUGGGAGAACUACACCUGCGACUGCUCCAUGACCUCCUACACAGGCACUCAGUGCAAUGAUCCUGGGACAACAUAUAUAUUUGGUAAAGGAGGAGGCCUAAUCACUUACAACUGGCCUGCCAAUGAGAGGCCCAGCACACGUACAGACAGGCUGACUGUUGGGUUCAGCACCUCCCUGAAGGACGGCAUCCUGGUUCGGAUAGACAGCGCUCCGGGGCUGGGCGACUAUGUCAUGCUCCACAUCGAACAAGGGACGAUUGGAGUAACAUUUAAUAUUGGCACAAUGGACAUCAGCGUGAGAGAAAGCAAUAACCCGGUGAAUGAUGGGAAGUACCACGUGGUGCGCUUUACCCGGAACGGGGGCAACGCCACACUCCAGGUGGACAACUGGGACAUAAACGAACACGUCCCUUUAGCAACGACUGAUAAUGAACGCCUUGAAAUUGCCACUAAGAAAUUCCCGUUGAAAUACGCCCGGCCAGUAGUGGAUUGGCUACAGGAGAAAGGCCGGCAGCUAACGAUAUUCAACACCCAGGCCACGGUCACCAUCGGCGGCAGUGACCGUAGUCGGCCUUACCAGGGUCAGCUGUCCGGCCUUUACUACAAUGGCCUCAAGGUCCUCAACAUGGCCGCCGAGGGCAACCCCAACAUCAAGAUCAAUGGCAGUGUCCGGUUGGUGGGUGAAGUGCCUGGGUCGGCCCGCACCACCGCCCAGCCUCCCGAGAUGUCCACCACCUUCAUCGAGACCACCACCACCAUGUCGACCACCACCACCCGCAAGCCCCGCUCUUCCCCCACCAUCCAGCAGACAUCGGAGGACAUUGUGUCUUCGGCGGAGUGUUCUAGUGACGACGAGGACCUAGAGGAGUGCGACUCGAGCCAUGCAGGAGGUGAAUUAGUGACCCCAGUACUUUUAGAGGACCCGUUAGUGCUGCCCCCUGUAGCUACUCGUGCCCCCUUCAUCCCCCUCCCCCCAACCCUUCGCCCACCCCCCACCAUUAUUGAGACCACCAAAGAGUCCCUGUCCACGGCCACUGAGGCGGGGGUACCUUGCUUGUCGGACCGAGGCAGCGAUGAUUGUGAUGAUGAUGAUGGCUUGGUGAUAUCGGGGUAUGGCUCAGGGGAAGCGUUCAACUCUAACCUGCCCCCUACUGAUGAUGAAGAUUUUUACACCACCUUCUCCUUGGUAACAGAUAAGACCUUGUCCACGUCGGCCUAUGAAGGUGGCUACAAAGCUCACGCGCCCAAGUGGGAAACCAAGGACUUUAGACCUAACAAACCGUCCUCAGACCGCGGUAGGACUACCACUACCGUCGUGCUGCCGCUAGCCCCCGACCAGAGCCGCUACACCUCCACCGCAACCCAGCGCCGAGCGUCACCCGCCAAGCUGCCUGCCGGCAAAAUGAAUAACCGCGAGCUAAAACCCCAGCCUGACCUAGUGUUGCUCCCGUUGUCCACGCUGCCUUACGAGGCAGACAGCACCAAGCAGAGGGCUCCUGUAAUAACCUCCCCCGUGUUCCGUAAUGUACCCACAGCCCUCCCCACCCAGCCCGGCGUCAACCGAGUCCCGGGGCCCCCGGAAGUCUCCCGCCAGUCAAGCAGCACCACAGGGAUGGUCGUCGGGAUAGUGGCGGCCGCUGCCCUGUGCAUCCUCAUCCUCCUGUACGCCAUGUACAAGUACCGGAACAGGGACGAGGGCUCCUACCAGGUGGACGAGAGCCGGAAUUACAUCACCAACUCGGCCACCCAGAGCAACGGAGCCAUCAUGAAGGACAAACAGCAGAGCUCAAAAGGCAGCAAAGGAAAACAGAAAAACAAGGACAAGGAGUAUUAUGUGUGAGCGAUGGACGUUGCAAGAUAGAAAGAGAGAGAACGCGAGGAAGAGAAAAAGAGUUACAUAGAACUUUAUUUAACAGUUACUUUCUAAGGAGCUACAACGACGAACGAUGGUAAAUUAAUGGAACGGUUACUUCAUGCUGUGCAGAGUGGUUGAACUAUGACAUGUUCUGUAAUAUAAAGCACACUUACUAUUGUAAGCAUUACAAGAAGGCUAAUAGCAACUUUAGUGACCUUACUCUUCAAUCUGGUCGGAGACGUAAUCAGUGUAGAACUAAUUAAUGGCUACCACAUCAUUAUCCUAAGUGACUUUUAGAGCUAUGUGAUCCUUGGCGUAAAAAUCUUGUUUUUUUGUAAACCUGUACAAAAUAAAGAUGUUCAUAUAUCCUGACCAUUUUGAGCAUGUAAGCGACAUUAAGUGCUUAACAAGAAGGUCAGGACAAAAAGGAUCAUUGUAAAGCCAAUGAAAAAAAAUGGACUCCUGCCGUAAAAAGAUAUGACUAAUUUGUAUUGUUUAUACAUGAUAAAGGUGUGCUGUCUUAUAAUUGUUUUGUUUUUUGCUCUACGCAAAAAAAAAGGGGAACAACAACUACUGUAUGUAUAAAAUGAAACCAAGAAAGCUCAUAUGGCUAAGGACAGAUCUCUUAGGAUUUCUUCAGAUCUCAUAGCUCUGAUCUCAUCUGAUCUCGACAUGAUUACUCUUGUUGUGUGACGGAUGGACAGAGUGACUCUGACCUGUUUGACCGUGGUGAGAAGUGGUGGGUUUUAAUUGUCUUGGUAAAAAGCAACUGAUUGUAAUGCAUGCCCAUCCUACUACUACGGCCCAGUACAGUAAAGUUCAGUACAAAAUACAGUGUUCAGCUUUGACUGAACAGUCCAGUUCUCACAAACCCCAAACGGUAUACUUCUUCAUCAUCAUCAGGACUACACAGCUGUUGAUUUUGUACCCUAGAAACUAAGAAAAUAUUAUUAUCCCUAAUGAUAAAAAGGUCUAUUAUUGGUUUUCAGCCAUUGCUGGUUGUAUCUUUGGCAGGCCUCUGUGUAUUGGUUCAUCGCCUCUUGUUCUAUUUUCUAUGGAGCUGUUCCAUUGAGGACAGAAUGCAGUACUAUAACACUGUUAAAGAUGUCUAUACAGAAAUAAAUCUAAUGUGAAAAGUGUGAAUUAUA